AUGGCAUACAGAAGCAACAAGGAUCGUGGAAAGAAGCCAGCAAAAGUAAAACGUAAAUCCGUUCAUGUUACUAGUAGUGGGCAUGAGCAUCGACAUGAGAGCUCUGCCACUCAGGGGCAGCGUAACGACAAGACUUCGCAACAAGCAAAGCAGGGAUCUGGCAAGAAAAGGCUUGAAAUAGUACGGAGGCCUGGCAGCAGCAUUGUCGCAGUUCGCAAGGGCACUACGGAGGGCAUAAAGAAAGAAUCGUCGAAUCUACCACGUACUAGUGCCAGUGACAAACGCAAACGCAAAGACAAGCCUGUACAUAAGAGUCAAUUAUAUGCAUUAUCAUCACCGCCUCCAAUAUACACGCUAGAUUCUCCACAAUCUAGUCAAGUGCAAGAUUCUGUCUCUAAUAGCAGUCGUGCAUCACUGAACGUGGAUUCGAGUCCUCAGACCCCUACAUACCACACAUCUGAGCGUCAGUCUCAGGCAAGCGAUUCAGCAACUGAAGUACCAUGUGUUGCCAGUGAAUCAGAAGAUUACCAAGAAACUAGUGCAUAUAAUACUUCAGGACUCAACGGCACGACUGCAUAUAUUGAGCAGGAUCUAGGGAGCAGCAAUACACACAAUUCAGCACAAUAUAGCUCUCCAGAGGACUAUAACGCUUCCACACAACCUUAUUACGACCACAGCUACGGUUACCCGCAAGAAAGUAUGGGAUACUACCAGAAUAUAUCCGGGUACAACCAAGUUUCAAACUUCGGCCAAUUUGAAAGCAAUAAUAAUAACCGCGUGCAUUGGUUUACUGCAGAAGAUUCAACACAAUGCCGAAAUGACAGUUGCAGUACAGAAGUUCCUAACAUACAGCCUAGUUCUAAGCUUUUCAAUGGAUACAAUUACCAAAACGUGGAAGCUAACCAAAACGCUAAUAUAAACUAUAAUCACACUUAUACUGAAGUGAAAAGUGAUGAUCCCCCAGUAUACUCAUAUGAGUGGGGAAGACUGCUUGGUACAGGAUCGUUUGGUGAAGUAUAUGAAGUUAUAUGUAAAGACACUAGAUCAAGCCAAAAGUAUUAUCUUGCAGUUAAAAUGUUUAAAAAUAAGAAGUCACGGGUUGUUGCAAAAGAGAUUAAGACAUUUGAACUAUUAAAGACACUCAACCAUAAGAAUAUAAUAAAGUAUUAUGGAGAAUAUGAAAUUGGUGGUGUCUCUUGCUUUAGUUUUGAGCUUAUGAAAGAUGGAGACCUUUUUGAUGCAACCUUAAAACGAUGGAAUGGUCAUAAUUAUCAUCCCUGGAGCAAAUACAAUAUUGUUCUUAUAACAAGACAGAUACUAAAAGGGUUGAAUUAUCUUUUGAAUUUAGAUCCAUCUCUAGUUCACUGUGAUCUUAAACCAGAAAAUGUUUUACUAAGUGGAAAACGUGUAAAGAUUACUGACUUUGGAUUUAUAUUAUAA